AUGUCGAAUGUCAAUGGCGUUAUAACCGCCAUUCCUCCACCUGAUGGCUAUGAGGUCAACUUUGCGAACCCGCAGAGAAGGCUGCUCACAGAGGCCUAUGUCAUCUUCACAGUCGAAAACAUCCUAGCGCUUAUGUUCCUUGGGCAGCGGCUUUAUACCAAAGUUCGUCUCAUGAAGCAGUUCCAGAUUGACGACGCCUUCGUUAUUCUCGGUUGGGCCUGCUCGGUGGGAACCCAGGGUAUUUUGAUCACUGGUUUCUCCACCGGCAGCAUGGGCGUACACGCCUGGGAGAUUCCAAUUGAGAAGUACGCCUUCUACUCACGGCUCAUUCUCGCCGCCCCACUAGUUUAUGCAGCUUGCUGUGCCUUGACGAAGAUCACGCUCUGUAUCUUUUACAGUCGCCUCUCUCCAUCCGUAGCCUUCCAAUGGGCUGUUUGGACAACCGUCGUUAUCUGCGCUAGUUCAUACAUCGCGAUCUUCUUCAGUCUGCUAUUCGCAUGCAAGCCCAUUGCUGCCAGUUGGGACCCGUUGUUGCGCCCAACUGCGACAUGCGUCAACCAAGGAGCGAUUUAUAUCGCCACGGCUGUCAUUGGGAUCGUAACGGACGUGAUGCUGAUCUCGAUUCCCGUUCCGACUAUCUGGGGCCUGCAAAUGCCGACGAAACAGAAAAUUGGACUAACUCUUAUGUUCGGCGUCGGAUCAAUCACAAUGGUCACGUCUAUUGUUCGCCUCAUUGUUUUGAUCCCAGCUCUAACAGAUAUGGACCAAACUUGGAUCAUAGCCGUAGGCUCUUUGUGGAUCAUCAUCGAAAGUAACUUGUUCGUCAUAUGCUGUUGCUUACCGACCCUGCGGCGCUUCCUAAAGCACGUCGCACCGCGACUGAUUGGCGAAAGUCGCUCAUCUGAAAACAAAGACUCGUCUGAUCGCAAUCACGGACUGCGGACUUGGGGAAGUGAAAACACAGGCCCGAAGCGCAAGUACGAUACUUUGAUGCGUACAGUAGAUGGUACAACGCAAGGGGACGGCGAUGACGAGAUUCCCCUCGCCAGCGUCCCGAACAAAGCAGGCUUUCGCGACCGAGAACGCAAGGUACCGAUCGGAAACGUCGAGAUGAAGGGAGACAAUGAUAGCGAGGAAGCUAUCUUGUAUGAGCGGACCGUCCAGGUUACUUAUGACGGUGGUGCAGGAGGCGACGCCGCGAAUCCGUACACACGUCAGGUCUGGGCAGGGGGGCAACACAAUCCUACAAAUCUGUAG